AUGGCUGGCUGUUCUUUCGAAGCCAUCGUUGAGGAAGAUCUCGAGGAAGACACUGAUGAGACUAAGGUUAGUUUAUUAUACAGUAUAUGUAUAUUUUCUACUUCUUGAUGUCUAAAAUAUGAAAUAUUAUUAAAUACAUUUAAAUAAUUUCAUGAAUUAUUUACAGCCGCAAGCACACAUUAAUAUUGCACAACAAUAUGUAAAAAUGUAAAAAAAGCUCACAAAAAAUGAGAAAAUUGUACACUCGUACACUUUUUUGGAGUGAUAUGCCCGUAAUGCCCCUUGAAAUUAAAAUACUUUAUAAUACUCAAUUGUAUGAUAAUUUCUAGAAAUGUGCAGUAUGUUUUAAAGAAGCAACAGGAGCACAUCGAUGCAAAUUGUGCCACAAACCAGUGCAUUUGCCAUGCGGAGAGCCAGUUGGCGAUGAAGGAUAUGGGCAGAAAGUUGUUUGCUUCGUGUGUGAUAAAAGUAAAUGUUUUUUAUUUACAUUGGUCCGGUGGGGAUAA